AUGUCUAAGAAACGGUCGCUCGACAGUUUCUUCACGCCCACUUCUCGAAAGAAGGUCUGUCUGACUGUGGAAGCUGCGCCCUCCGAGGUCAACCCAGUCUACACAUCCAGCACCGAAGUGUCCAAUCACAAAACCUACCCUUUCCCAAUUCCUCGCCUUCCACCAAACAUCAUCGAGCAAUUGAACGAAGUGCCAGCUUCUCAAGGCAACGAAAUCAAUGACCAGCCCGAUCUCGAUCUCCUCUACUUCCAACCUUAUAUCCCGCCCACGACCGAAAGAGAGCUGUUCGAAUUUUUGAGGAAUGCGCUCUUCUUCUACAGGGUGCAAUACACCAUCAAGCGCUAUGGCAACGAGACUCGUAUAAACACACCUCGUUUCACGACGGUAUAUGGCGUCGACACCUCUUCCACCUUCACCCCAGAUGGCGCCCUCAUCGACAGCCAAACAUCCAAGCCAGUCCUUCCAGACCGCUACAAGACCUGUACUCCACGUCCCAUUCCUCACUGCCUUGAUUAUCUGCGCCAGCUCACAGAAAUCUUCACUGGAGCAACCUACAACUUCUGCCUCGUCAACUACUACGCCAACGGCGCAGACAGCAUAUCCUACCACAGCGACGAUGAGCGUUUUCUCGGUCCCAACCCCUCGAUCGCCUCCUUCUCCCUCGGCGCAACCAGAGACUUCUGCAUGAAGCAUAAGCCUAUACCACCCAAAGAUGGAGAGCCCCCACCAGAGCAAAAUAGCAAGCCGCCGUUGAAGCUACCGUUAGCGAGUGGAGAUAUGGUGCUCAUGAGAGGGAAGACGCAAGCGAAUUGGCUGCAUAGUAUUCCGAAGAGGAAGGGCAAGGGGAGCGAAGGAGGGAGGAUCAACAUCACUUUUAGGAAGGGAGUGGAGAAGUAUUCGACGCAGAAUUACUAUCAGUAUAACGUGGGUGACGGAGGGGUGUGGAAAUGGGAUGCUAGGAAAGGUGAAAUGAAGGAAUGGGUGAAGGCGAGGGAAGAGAGCUAA